AUGUCCGACAUCAAAACACCAGGAUUUCAGUCAUCUGACCGCUUCGCUGCCAUAUACGAUGCCUUUUGUGCCAUGUCAGAUGCAGAGAAGCAGGCGCAGAUCAAGAAGGUCAACGGUGUAUUCCAGUUUCAGAUCAAGAAUGCACAAGGACAAGAGGAAAACUGGACGAUUGACCUCAAGAAGGAGGGCACACUCUACAAGGGCCCAGCAAAAGGAAAGGCAGACGUGACCAUCAUCGUCUCUGACGAGACAUUUACUCAGAUGGCCGAUGGAAAACUCGACGGUCAAAAAGCCUUCAUGACUGGGAAACUCAAGACAAAGGGGAAUAUGAUGCUAGCUACCAAACUCGGCCCCGUCUUGGCUGCAGCAAAGCCAAAGGCCAAGCUAUAG